AUGAGUAAAGUCGUUGUAGACUCGUUUCUUGUUAAUUCCCUAUUCAAAUGUUCUCUAUGCCAUGGGCUUAUUCGUUCACCUACAGUUAUCAAUGAAUGUCUGCAUCGAUUUUGCAAAGUCUGUAUAACGAAUCAUUUCGAAAAAAAUAAUAAUGAUAAAUGUCCGACGUGUCAAACGUCUAUUGCUAAUCCAAUGGAUACGCUAAAAACUGAUCUCACUUUUCAACGACUUUUGUAUAAAAUUUUUCCAUCUAUUUUUCAACGUGAAAUUGCAUGUAAACCUUCUCUACUAUCAUCAACAAUCACUAAUGAAUCUUCACGUAUUUAUAUCGAUUCAACAAUCGAUGUUUAUCUCGAAUAUUGGGAUAUGUCAUUGGAUCUGUUUCCAAAUAGUAAUCAAUCAACUGUAACAUUACCUCCAUGUUAUUUGGAAUGUAAAGCAAAUACACCGUUACAAUUGUUGGAAAAAUUUAUUCGAAUUAAACAUUCAUUAUCAUCUGACCUGCACGUUGAUCUUUUUUACAAAACAUUUUUAUUAAAUACCGAUAAUGAAAAAUUAAUUGAUAUUUGCUAUUGUUUCGAUCGUAUGAGUAAAAGUGAAACACUUGAUAUUCGAUUUCUUGUUAGUCCGUAUGGUUAUAAAGCAAUUCUAAAGCGUAUUCGUGAAUUAAAACAUCCUGCUCCAUCAGCAAUCGAAGUUAAAGAACAAACACCGUUACAAAUUGUAGUUCCAGAAAAAGAAAAUCCAACAAUAAUCGUACCUCCAUCAUCAGUAUCUUCGGUAUCGUCGAAUUCGAGUUCGAUAGAUCCAAAACUAAAAGUCAAAAUCCGUCGAUCUCAAACAUCAACAAACAAUUGGUAUAUUCCACAGUCAAAAACAACUGAUGAACCCGUUGAAUUACCUGAUCUAGUCAAUUCAUGUGAAACAUUAACUAAAACUACCAAACGUAAACAACCAUCAGCCAAUGAAUCAACAAAAAAGAAGCCUUGCACGACAUCAUCAUUUUUUUCUGUUCGCCAUACAUCACCACCAAAACGACCAUCAUUACCAAAACCACCUACGAAACCUCGCCGACGUACACGCUUUAUUCCGACAAUGGUCAAAGCUCCUAUGUCAAUAUUUGAUCGUUUAUCUAUGAAUCGAUAUGAUUAUAGUGAUCAAGAUUCAGAUGAUUCACCACUAUGUCCACCGAGUGAACUGCUUGAACAAAACGUAACAACAUUUAGACCAUCAGAAAUGGUCAUUGUUAAUGUCGAAGGCAAUGUAACAGAUGCUUCAGAAACAAAACGAACACAAAAAACAAUAUGUAAAGUACCACCGUAUAUUCCGGAAGCUGCAACAAUCAUAAACUCUCCACCGGAGAAAUCUUCAUCAGUCGUUAAACCAACACCUAUCUAUGCGACAAUGUCACCGACAAGACGAACGUUAUUGCCGAAAAAAAUUCCGACUCUUAUGCCAACACUUACAUAUCGAGCACCAUCACCGGAUUUGGCUAAUACAACUCCGCUUGAUUUAAGUUUGAAAUGA